AUGAUGCAGUGGAGAGAGUAUCAUAGCACCAUCCAAGGGAACAUUGUCGGAUGCGUGCGCAGCAAUAUCGGUCUUCUACUCGUCAUGCUCUCGCAGGUGUUCUUUUCGUUCAUGAACGUCGCCGUCAAAGUAUUGAACCAGUUAGACCCACCGGUUCCCGCGUUUGAGCUUGUGAUCGUUCGCAUGGCUAUCACGUUCAUUUGCUGCGAGAUAUACAUGAUUGCCGCAAGGAUUCCGGAUCCGUUUCUUGGACCGAAGGAAGUUAGGCCGCUCUUGGUGUGUCGAGGCGUUGCUGGAUUUUUCGGGCUCUUUGGCAUUUAUUAUGCACUCCAAUACCUCUCGCUGGGAGACGUCACUGUCCUGACUUUUGUCGGGCCUAUAUUCACGGGAAUAGCAGGUCGUCUGUUUCUAGGGGAAACCUAUUCAAAAAGGGAGGCUAGGUAUUUGCUUGUUUCACUUACAGUCAGCUGUGGUGCAGUUUGCAGUCUCUUUGAUCCAGAACUCGAGGAACCUACAGUAUAUGCUAGCGCGGGAGACAGGUUCCGUGCCACCUUGGUGCUAGUGAUGGGUAUAACAAUAGCCGCAUUCGCAAUGAUUGCGAUUCGCGCCAUCGGAACACGAGCACACGCAAUGCACUCAAUGGCUUACUUCUCCUUGUGGAGUGUCAUAGUGUCGACAUUUGGGGAAUUUAUGGUAUACCCAACGCAGUGGGAGUGGAGUGCACUGCUGUUAUUGAUAGGUGUGUUUGGUUUCAUUGCACAGAUGUGCUUGACAAUGGGACUUCAGCGCGAGACCGCCGCUCGUGGAACGAUGGGAGUCUACGUCCAGGUGAUCUUUGCUAAUGUAUUAGAGAUUAUCUUUUUCAAGACCGUGCCAAGUUUCUUGUCACUCCUUGGGACCGGGAUUAUCAUGACUUGUGCGAUUUACAUUGUAUUUACCAAGCAGAAGCAAGGUCAAGAGCCCAAUGUGGCUCUCGAAUCAGGGGAGCCCUCACUCGAGGAAGGCUUGUUGACGCACAGAGACUCAGUGUCUGAAGAAUGACCGAUAAAGAUGGAGGAGAGAGAGCGAGAACCCUAAUUUUUUAUCACUGAAUGCAAUGGACAUCCGGUCAUGUAUGUUUUCCAAGGGCGGCCUGCGCGAGAUGCAGGCACACCAUCACGAGUUCACCCGCCCAAGUACCCACGUAGAGUAUGGUAAAUGGAACUACCACAAGACUUACAAGCUGCAUGAAAAGAUUCGCAUCAUUCAAGCUGCGUACAAGUCUAACGGCACUCGCAAGUCUGCGAGUCGGGGAUAUUGAUUUCCAGCUGUGACGGUAUCAGGUUCCCGACUUCAAAGGAUGGACCGAUUGGGCCAAGGCUAGAGAUGUCCAAGCCCCCGGGACAUUUUUGGCAGAAGGGUAAAUAGUUCGCGCACACAUA